GAUCAAGGCCAUUGGGGUGUUGCGGUCGGCCAUGAUCAAGCCACCGGAUAUUUUAUCAGCGUGUAUGACCGGCGUCUGGAGAUCGAGACCAACAAUGGCGACGACUUUGAGCGUCUGGCCUACAGUGUCGCCCCCGACGGAACCGGGUGCUAUCUCAACGCUUAUACUGGACGAUUCGGAAUGGGACAGAAAGUGAGUCUGAAGACGAUGGAACGUUUGUGGAGGAUGUAUGGG